AGCCCGUCCAGCCCAGGCUCCCCCUCACAGCUCUUCCCGGCGGGGCUCCCUCAGAGCUCUGCUCUUGCCUCCCCCCGUCCCGGGCUCCCCUCCCCGCAUCCCCCCUUCCUGGCUGGCUCAGCCUCUCAUGGGCGCUGUCAGAUGUCCGCGGUCGCCUCACUGCGGAGGGGGCUGCUCCCGCAGACCCUCCGGCUCCGUCAGGAGCAGCCGGGUGUGCCGGGUACCCGCAGGUGCACCAGUAACACGGCCCUGGUCGGCCGGCCGGGGGCUGCUGUCCCCAGGGUUCGUGUCCCUGCUCCCGCCUAGUCCAAAGCCUCCCCCUCGCUUGUGCCUCCCCGCAGCCGUGUCCCGGGGGACGGCGGCCAAGUGCUUCUGGCAUCCAGUAAACCAUCUCUCUUAAACACCCUUUCAGCUCAGCCUGAGCCCUACCGUACCUUUCUUAUGCUUUCUUCCCUCUUAACAGUCUGCUACUUAAAAAAAAAAAAAAAAGAAAGAGGAAAUAUCCUUAAAGUCUUCUAUUUACGGCUAACAGAAACGAGUUUAAAAAUACUCAAGAGUAGCAGAGAGCGUCGAGGUCACUGCUGCUCUUUGAGUUAACCUUCUCCAAGUAAAAUACCCCCCGGAGAGGUUACCUCGGCAACACCGUGUAAACUCAAAAGCCUCGUGUCGCCUGCAGAAAGAAGAGCCUGUGAGCUCCGCAGUCAGGAAAGGACGCCGAAAGUCGAAUCCAAAAGUGUGUAAUCGCUGUUGAAUUCCUCGCUGGCCAGCAAAGGAAGGCGGCUGUGAGCUGAAAAUGCUUUAUAACUUCUCUUUAGGUUGCUGUGCCUCUUUCGCUUUUUGCUACUGAAGCACCAGGUUUCUGGACCUUAAUACAUUUAAGGAGAGUAUGUCUGACAACCAACAAAAUAAGAGGAGAAGCAAAAAAGGUUGUGGAAGUGUUGCUGCUCUUCUGGAUGCAGAUAAGACAAUGGAAGAAAUGCAUCAGUCAUACAAAGCUCUAGGAAAAAACAGCCAAACAGCAUCAACAUCCAGACCAUGGCCAGAGCAACAAGUGGCACGUUUUCCAAGUAAAAAUCUGUUUGCAUUACAGAGGAGACAUCCCACUUCUUUAUCUUUCUUCCCAAAGAAAGACAACAUGGGGUAUGCCUUUGACUUCAGCUUUCUGCUACGGACCUCGUGCCCAGAAUACAACAUUUUAAAGUCAUUCGUGGAUUUAGAUACUUUUCAGAUAAUAAAAGCACAAACACAACAAAGGUUAAAUAUAACAAUGCUAAAAACCAGGAACAAGAGAUCUAAGUUUCAUCUACCACCAGUGACAUGUGAGCCUGUAAGAACAAUUCAUCUUGCUCCUCUAGAGGAUGAUAUUGUCAAUGAAAGCAGCAACAUCAGAAAUAUUUUAAAUGUUAUGAACUCUAUUCCUCAGCCUAUAAAAUCAGUUACCGAAUUUUAUCAUAAUCAGUUAGACAAUCUAUUCAAAAGGCACAGUGAAAAGUCAUCAGACUUGAUUGUGGCUACAAUUUCUGAUAAGGUUACUCCAACAGAAGACCUGUACUGCUUCAGCAUGAGGAACUGUUCUAAGUACCCCAACAAGAAGAAAGAAGGAAUUCAAAGCCAUUUGGGAUGGAGGGAAGCUGAUGUAGGUGCCCACGCUGACAGGAAUGAGCAGGUGAAGUUCCAGUGCUCAGUGGUUUGUGAGAGCACCGAUCCUGUGAGCCAAGCCGGGCUCUGUGCUGACGGUCACCCCCACCUGAGCUCCAGUGAUGCUCUGGUCAGCUGUGGCAGAGCUCAGACAACAUUUACCAUGUUGAGCAGCAGCGAUGCCUCAAGAGCUGGCAACGAGCAAAGGGCAGCAGAGAAUUGCUGCAGCACUGAUCCAGAAGAAGGAAAUGCUGCAGAGCUGGCGCUGGAUUGUGCACCGUGUGAAGGUGCUGAAAGUGCAAACUCUGUGCUUGGCAAUCAUGAUGUAGAUCCUUCCUGUGAAAAUGAAGUGGCAGAGGCCUACCAUGCCUUAGAAGAUAAUUCUGUAGUUACAGUAAUUCCCACAGCAGAAGUUCAAGAUCCCUCUGGAAAACAAACAGAAAACCGUGUCUGUCUCUCUGAAUCUGAAAUGGAAAAAGAAGAAAUGUCAGAAGCUACUCCAGAAGACCAAAGUGAGCUUGUACCUGCUGUUCAUGUUACAUUCUCUGAGCAAGAGCCAGCCAGGGAACCACACACUGCUAAACAACCACCCCCAAAAGAGAGUGGUGUUCAUGGCCUGCCUCCUCAGGGUACUCAGAGCUUCAAUGUUCUCUCUCACAAAGAAAAUGACAAAAAUAAAAGAAAGAUUAAUAGAAAUAAAUAUUCAUCCAAAUCUAAAAUUAAUAACAAGCUAAAGAUGUCUAAAGACUUCAUUGUUUCUGAUGAGAUUACCACAAAACAUAGUGCCAAGAGUCAGAUUUUUCCUUCUUUAGAACUGCCACAGGUGAAAUCUGAGACUUCCCUGAAGUGUCAGAAAAAAAGCCCUCAAGGAGACAAAGGCCAUUUUUCUCAGAGUGCUCAGAAACUCAAAAAGCAAAGUUUCUCCUGCAGUUGCAAAAAUUCAGUUGAGUUAAAGAAAAGUGUUACUCCACUUUCUCUGCCACACACACCAUCUGCCUUAGAUUUUGGAGACCUGAAAUACAGUGACAUGUUCAAGCAAAUCAACUCAAAUGACCAAGGCCCUGGGAUUUAUGAAAUGUUUGGAACUCCUGUGUAUUCCCACGUGCGGGAGCCCGAGCGACACGAGAGCAGGUUUUAUAAAAGUGUUUGUUCUGCUCCCUCAGGGAGAGGCACUGUCAGCACCUGCAGAUGUACCUGCACCAAAGGAAGGGAGAGCAGCAGGGUAAGAAACACUCCAAAGAAAACACAUCCCAAGCCAAAGAAGACAAAACCUGGCACUAAACAAAAGCAGAAAGGUUCAAUCCCAAAGGAUGGAAGUACCAAGUUAAGUGACAGCAACACAGAGCAAGAUAAUGUGGUAACUUCUGAUGCAGAUUUUCAAACAAACACGUCAAGGAGCACGGCAUUGUCUCAUGGAGACACAGAUCACCAGCUUAUGUUGUUAGAAGAGCUUUCACAGUCAACUAAGCAAAAUGAAAUUUUUUCAAAUUCAAACUUAUCGACUAUCAAGGAAGUUACUUUGGAGCAGUCUUUAGACAGCCAGGAUGUAUCCAACCAUCAGAGAGCUGCUCCCUGUAGCCAGAAUCUUCUUCAGCUCAGUGAUGAAGACUGCAGAGACUGUGUUGCUCCAAGGAGCAGUCUGCUAACAGCAGACCAGAACAUCUGUGUAUCCCAGUGCAGAGGGAAUAUGGAUGGUGGUAAAGGCCUGGAAUCAGACCAGGCCUCCUUCAAGUCUGUCAAUAAGUGUGAAGCAUCACCCUCUUCAGAUAGACUGGAGUGUCAGUCCCCUACAGAAAAAUCAAAUCACAGUUGGGCAAACACAGUGCAAAAUAGUAUUUUGGCAAAUGAAUUGAGUCAGCCUUCAGUGACUAAAAGUCCCAGUUUCCAGACAAGUCAAAACAUUUUGUCCUGGACAGAUAAAGAUGUGACUGAUGAGUUGCUUUGUUGCCUGGCUGAAGAAUUGCUAAUGCUUGAAGAAAAGGACAUGAACUCUGCAAGAACAAAAAAUACAGGUUCUAAAAUGCAAAACACACAUACUGAAGAAGAAGAAGAAGAAAAUAUGAUUAGUGGAGAUGGAGCAAUAGUAAAUAAUGCACUAGAGAAGCUGCCCACUGAUUCUUCCAGUGCUCUGUUGAAGACACCCAUGUUAGAGGCUGCAUGUCAGGACACAAGCCAGAAGAGUUGCAGUAAAGCCUUUUUGGCACCAAGUGAAGAAAGUGGCCUUGUAAACUUAGAUGAAUCUACUAAAUUUCCAGGAAGCAGCUUAACCACCAAGGAUCCUAUCAUGUGGACAAGAGGGGAAGUCCUUGGAAAGGGAGCCUAUGGCACAGUGUACUGCGGUCUGACCAGCCAGGGACAGUUAAUAGCUGUAAAACAGGUUGUUUUGGACACAUCAGAUCAACUCACUACGGAAAAGGAGUACCAGAAGUUUCAUGAGGAAGUUGAUCUCUUGAAGACAUUGAAGCACGUCAACAUUGUAACUUACUUAGGGACUUGUCUGGAACACAACAUUUUAAGCAUUUUCAUGGAGUUUGUUCCUGGUGGCUCCAUUUCCAGUAUUAUCAAUCGCUUUGGCCCGUUGCCAGAAGUUGUCCUUUGCAGAUACACCAGGCAAAUUCUCCAGGGGGUCGCCUAUUUACACGCCAACUGUGUGGUGCACAGAGACAUCAAGGGCAACAACGUGAUGCUCAUGCCCAGCGGGACGGUGAAGCUCAUUGACUUUGGCUGUGCCAGGCGCUUGGCCUGGAUCGGCCCCGGCGGCACCCGGAGCGAGACGCUGCGGUCUGUGCACGGCACUCCCUACUGGAUGGCUCCAGAGGUGAUCAGUGAGUCUGGAUACGGGAGGAAAUCAGACAUCUGGAGCGUCGGCUGCACCGUGUUUGAGAUGGCAACAGGAAAGCCGCCCCUGGCUUCCAUGGGCAGGAUUGCAGCCAUGUUCUACAUCGGGGCCCACAGGGGGCUGAUGCCUUCCCUUCCCGAGGGAUUCUCCAGCGCUGCCGUGGAUUUUGUGCGUGCCUGCUUAACCAGGGAUCAACAUGAACGUCCUUCUGCUCUGCAGUUGCUGGACCAUCCCUUUGUGAAAGGAAGACAGUGAAUUUUUCAAAACUCUUGCCAAGUGAGUAUCCAUUUUCCAUAUAAAAGAUUUUCACUUGUGAAAAGAGACCAGAAGGAACAGGACUUUUAAGGGACAGCUGAAAUACUGGAGAGCAGUUGUGUACAAGGAGUCUUAGGCCUUUGAUUAAACAGGCACCAGGCUUCAACCACCCUCAAGGUAAAAAGGAUUUUAUGUGUUUGAACAGACUGUCUUGUAGGUCAAGUUGUGCCUCUUGUCUCUUGUCCUGUCACUGGUAACACUGAAGGGUCUGGCUUUGUGUUCCUUCCUGUCCUCAUGGGGUAUUGAUACACAUUGGAAACUUGAACUGUUUCUCAAAACACUUGAAGUGACCUCUUUAUAAUUAGAUGACAUGUAACAGUCUCCAUCUGCACUGCAAAAGUAGUUGUAACAAUUAGUAGAAGUAGCUACUACUAACUGCACAGAAUUAAAUGAAAUUAAAAAGUAUAGUUAUACAGUAAUAAACCAAAGUAAAAAAAGCAGGUAUUAGUAUUUAAAAUGUCUUGUUUCUGGUAAGAUUUCUUCCAAUCAAAAUGGGGUAAACUUUAAGCCUUUGUGAGCACCCAGGCUCCAGGAAGAGAUGCAGUAAAACUCAGCCCUACAAGUGUUCAGAGCUGAGCUCUCAAGGAUUCAAGGCACUGACUUCAGUGCCAGCAGUAACGUGAAAAUUAGUGUUUUACAAAAGGGAAAGAAGGAAGUUCUAACUUCCUCAGAGUGCUAAAACACUUUAGUUUCAUAAAUAGCUCUCAAGCUUUGCUUAAUGCCAGUCGCCUGAUUUCAGAGAGUUGGUCUAAACUUUCUAAAAGCAAAGAGAAACCAGUACUUCUAGCAAAAUCCUUUAUUGGUAGUUUCUGUAGGUAUAAUGUCACAUAACAAUGACAGAACAUAAUGCCAGUAUAAGAGAAUCCCAACAUCACAGUAAUCUUCCAAGUUCAAGCAGUUAACAGUCCUAUUUUGAGGAAUACAGGUUGGUGCUCAUGCCAGGAAUCCAUGGCAACGUCACGUUAAAGGAUCUUCACAUUUAAGUACUUUGCAGAGUUAAGGUGGGAGCCCUGGCAUAGGAACUCAGGUGGGAUGUACAUAAUUCCAGGAUGUGCAUUAAUUCUUCUCAGAUUAAUGUAGCGUCUCCAGCAAAGCUGCAAAGUAAAUGUGAGGUUUUAUUUAGCAUGAAAUGAAGCUGAGAUGACAGAUAUAAGUGGGGAAGAAUGGGAAUGCUCUAGAAUAUAUAGUUAAUUAAUAAAAUGUCAGCAUUAUAAAUCCCCUUCCUUAUGCACAUGACUUACAAGCAAAACUAACGUCUCUUGUUAGCACUCUCCAAUAUUAAGGUUAUUAGUUAUUUGUAAUUUAACUGUCAUGUUUAAUCCAGCUAAUUACACUAAAAUUAGUUUGGAACUUAGAAGUAUGUAAAACUUGAACCCGAGCCUUUAAUCAAAAUGUGAAAGCACAUUUUUGCUUUUGAUUAACCAGAUGUUGAGAAGGAGGUGGCAGUUUAAGGCCAGCACUUGCAACAAAGUAUUUCAGCCUAAUCUGCUGGAGAUGGUGGGGAUGUGCCUGCAGCCCAGCCCAGGGCACAGCACAGCUAAACCAAGCAGGACAUUGGGCUGGGGAGUCUUGGGUCACUCGGCUGAGCCAGUCUAGUGGGACAUUCUAGAAACAAGUCUAACUCUGCCAUUUCUUACUCGAGGAGAUCACAGAUUUUCACAUCCAAAUCCAGAUGCCUAAUUAAGGUGUCAAGAGAAAGGGUGCAAAACCUUGAAAACUGUAUAUUCCAUGAGAAGUGACUCAGGGAGGAGGGUGACGCUUAAUUAUAGUACUCAAGCAGGGUAAGUCUUACUGGUUUAAAUCUGAAACCAGUAAGAGCCCAUUACAACUCUUGCCAGGCUGCCAAGCACUAGGGGGGGUGCUUUGCUGUGACUCCAGGUUUCCUGUAGAUUCGGGGCUUAAAUCAGAGAGCCUGAAAACACACUGUUCUUGUAUCAUUGCAGGGUACUUGCUAGUCCUUUCACACAGCAAUGUUUGAAGCUCUGAGCCACUGCUCUCAUCUCAGGAGAAGGGAGGGUCCUUAGGAAUGCCAACCACCGAUUUUACACUGGUCUCAGAACUACCAACAGCAAUAGGAUGUAAAAAUUUGCAUCUAAAAAUACCUCUACCUCUCUUUCCAAGGAAGCAGACACCUAGCCUAGAAAACCCACAGUCUCUUGAGAUUAUUUGGGUUCAAAAUCAGUGCUUUUUACAGAGCUGAGCAGGAACUGAUGCCAUUUCUCCACCCCUCCUGUGAAAUCUCUGGUUCUUGCACAAAAGCAAAAGAGAACAAGAGUUCUCCUGAGGAAGGGCCUCCAGUACACACAGUCCAAUGCCUUUUCUCCCCUUCUUUUCCUUUCUCCCAGGGACCUGCACCAUGGGACAGCCUCAGAAAUUUUACAGGUGUUGUCAAAGAACACAAUCUCUCAACUAUGGCAAGGAAAAUGUUGCCAUUACAGGUGCAGGAACGCAGAGGAAUCAAACCCAGCCACUGAAAGAUCUAAGGUUAAAAAUUGGAUUUGGGUUUGCUAUAUCCAUGUCAGGAGGCAGAGAAAGUAAUUCCCAGCAGCAACUGGAGAGAACACUCCUGGCACUAGUGAUCUACUUUUUAAAAGGUGUAAGAAGUUAGGCAUUCCAGAGGAAGGAGGAAUUAAUUAGCUAGUUCAGUUUGGCAUAACUUCCAAGUCUUUGAAGACAUUUCUUUUUAGAACUGAUUAUGGGAAUGUGCAUUUACAUCCCAACUAAAGAAAGCAAAGUGUUUGUCCAAUUCCCUUCCCUGCAAAACAUUGAGAACUCUUCUCCCCCUUACAGUCAGAGAGAUGCUUGGUGUACAACUGUCACCCACCCCCUCACUGCUGAAAAGAAAAAUAAUAACCCUCCCCUGAAGCCUGGCCAGCCCCUACACAACUCCAGGGUACAAGCUCUGGCCCCCAGGGCACAGGGAGGAAGCAGCUGGAGAGGGCAUAACAGAUCUAGAACUUGCUUUUCAGGUACCAAAUACCUGAUCACCACACUGGAAUGGGAGCAAAGGAAACAAAUGAGACUUCAGACUUUCAAGCAGUCUGUUAUUUGACUGAUUUGAUGAAAACCAGCAAUGUUUAGCCAAUAACUGAAAGAGGACCUUUGUAUUUCCAACUUUGUAAAAAUUCAACAUAGGAAAAUGGGAUCAUUUUUGCACAAUAGAGGUGAGGUAGGGAAUUUUAUUGAAAAUACUUUUUUUUUUUUACAAGUUCUUAGAAAUAAAGUUUUUUCUAAUCUCACACAAAUGGCUGUACCUCAAAAAUGCAACUAAGCUAUUAUGAAACAUUUAUAUUUACAAUUAGCCAGAAGAAUGUACAGAACUGCCAUGUUAUGCAAAUAGCCAAGACCCAGCUCACAGUGAGAUACAUCAGCCCAGCACUCCCACCAUCAGGAACAGACCAAGAUUCAACAUAUGAAAGAAUUUCACUAUUCUACAAACCUCAGAUCUCACAAACAGGGAGGAUUUUUAAUAGUGUUGUACCAAGGUCUCCACUACAGUGUCAUUUUACAAAUUAUAUAAUUCUUGUACUCAAAUUUAUAACAAAAAAUCUGUAAUAAGUGAUGAACAAAGGAACAGUGUUGACUUUGAGCCUUUUAUUGCAUUUAUUCAGUCAUUCCCGUGUGAGGCCAAUGCCGAUCCCGUCAGUUUUCAUUCCUUCCCACCCCUCAGCCAGGCUGCCAUUCACACCAGUCACUAAUUUCAGUCAGGGCAAACUAGUGGCACCUGGCUGCAUCUCCUCUCCCUCCCUCUCAGCCCCAGGGAUCACCACUGAUUUCAGUGGUGGAAUUCAGUUCCAAACACAAUGACACGUACAGUUUCACCUAUUUACAAUGACAUUGAAAACCAAACUCCAUGAGUUUUAUGGACAUCCUUUACAGAGAAACCAAAACUCACUGUUUGGAUCUCAAUGUAGCAUAGCAACAUUUUGUCCACUAUUAUUUCACAACUUCCCAGAAUCAAAACAGGAAAUAAUUCUUUUGAAACAGCACCUUAGGAGGAAGGCCUAUGCUCAUUCCAAUGUAUAUUAGACAGGCACUAGUUACCAUCCAGACAUUUUAACUCCAGGUUGUGACAGAAAAUGCUAUAUAUACAGUACAAUAUAUUGCUUAUCCAGAGUGGCUGUAUAAGAUGCAUUUCUGGGCACAUCUAUUUAAACAGACUCAAAAAGAAAGUACUGUAGUGCUUCAAAGACAAAUUAAGACAGUUUCCUGCUAUGUCAUCUCUCUGCCCAGGCUCUGGUUUUGGACAGUAUAUAAUGCAGAUUACAUUGGUUACAAAUCAGACUCAAGAGCAGCACUGAGAUGGAAAGGAAAGGGACUAUAAAAGGAUAGAAAAUAUCCAACAAUGCAGAAGUUUGUACUAAGAAGUUACAUUCCCAAUGUAGAAAAAUAACCAAGUCAGUAGGGAUAAGACAGCUUUGGAUUUUGUACACGAGCCUUGACUUAAGAUAAGAUAUAGCAGAAAAUGCAAUCAGGUUUUCAUUUAAAUAUUCCUUAAAGUGUAAAAAAAGUAUCCAUAGUUCAAAUAAAACUUAUUCAAGUAAUUACAAGCGUUUGCAUUACUGGAAACAGAGUAUUACAUAGUAAUUGAUAUACCUGUAGUUACAUCAUAUAGCAACUACCAACCGGGCUGAGAUUGAACAGUUUUAUCAUGUAAAGCACAGGUGAGUAAAGAACUGGAAGGGCAAAGCUGCAGAUGUUCCUUGGGGACUUACAGAGUUAAAGGAGCUCUGAGGGAAUGAGGCGGCUUAGCAAAAGUUCACAUCAUGGUCACUUCCAAGUCAAAAGAAGUCAUGGAAAAACUGGCUGUUGCUACUAGAAAUCUACUGAGUUCGUGUUGAGGUACUUCAUAGCUUAUGAAAAGUUUGAGUAACAACCCAGAAAGUCAGUUCUCUGCUCUCCAGGCGGCUGAGCUGCAGUACUGGCUUGGAGAACACAAGGACAUUUCACACCCGUCAUUCCUCCUGCAGGCAAAGCCCCUGGGAAGAGCAGCCGAGCCCUGACACUUGCAGGCAGAUUAAAUGGAUGCCAGUGGUUUAACUGGGACACUGAGGGGUUUUAUAACCCCCCCCCCAGAGCUGAAAAAAACAGAACAAGCCUCUUCCAAUUUGGUAACUAAUGACAAGUACAAUGCACAGAAUCACUGGUAACUAUUUUAUUGUUGGAAUAUAAAGCUGGGAUAUCAAUAGUUUUAUUCUUAUUUACUGUGAAGACUGCAUUCACCUGUAAAAGAAAUAUGGCAUCACACACAAGUACACUUUUUGGAUUUCAGAACGUGGGUAUUAUUCUGAAAUGGUAAUGGGAACAGUGACUCCUGCUCACUAUUAGAAUAAAUUAUGAUUUAUUUUUUCUUUUAAAAAAAGAGAUGAUUUUCCCACAAUGACAGCUCUGAAUUGCAGUUAAGUCACGUUACUCUACAUAACCAUUAUUAACAGCUCUGUGUCUACUUUACUGCAUCAAGCCAAUAAACAUUUAAAUGCACUUCA